CCCGGGUGUUGGGGGCCCGAGGCCAGGGGCCAGGGGCGCGCCGUCCGCCGUCCGGGAGCGCCUUGGCCGCCGUCCUCAGCGCAUUCCGGGCAGUAGCCCCGUACCCUUCGCCCUGUUCUUCCUCCCUUGUGGGUUCCUGUCCUGCCGCCCGCGUCCCCUCCCCGAGCUCGGAGUGGUGAGACCCUGCAAGGAGUUGCUAGCCCAGUGGCGCAGACGGACUGGAAGAAAGGGAAAAACCAGGCCAGAGGAGUGUGACACUGACCUCUGUGACCAUGAAACUCCAGUCACCCACGCUGCUGCUGGCCUGCUUUGGCAUCCUGGGAUGUGUGCGGGCUGAAUUCUUCACCUCCAUUGGACACAUGACAGACCUGAUUUAUGCAGAGAAAGACCUGGUGCAGUCUUUGAAGGAGUACAUCCUUGUGGAAGAAGCCAAGCUCUCCAAGAUUAAGAGCUGGGCCAACAAAUUGGAGGCUCUGACCAGCAAGUCGGCUGCUGACCCCGAGGGCUAUCUGGCCCACCCUGUGAAUGCCUACAAACUGGUGAAGCGGCUGAACACAGACUGGCCCGCGCUGCAGGACCUUGUCCUGCAGGACUCAGCCACAGGCUUUAUUGCCAACCUCUCAGUGCAGCGGCAGUUCUUCCCCACUGACGAGGAUGAAACAGGAGCUGCCAAGGCCCUGAUGAGGCUUCAGGAUACGUACAGGCUGGACCCGGACACGAUUUCCAGAGGGGAGCUUCCAGGAACCAAGUACCAGGCAACACUGAGUGCGGACGACUGCUUUGGAAUGGGCCGCCUGGCCUACAAUGAAGGAGACUAUUAUCAUACCGUAUUGUGGAUGGAGCAGGUGCUGAAGCAGCUUGAUGCUGGGGAAGAGGCCACCACAACCAAGGCCCAGGUGCUCGACUACCUCAGCUACGCUGUCUUCCAGUUGGGCGACAUGCACCGGGCCUUGGAGCUUACCCGCCGCCUGCUUUCCCUUGACCCAAGCCACGAACGGGCUGGAGGGAAUAUGCGGUACUUUGAGCGGUUGUUGGAGGAACAAAGAGAAAAACUGUUAUCAAAUCAGACGAUAGAAGCUGAGCCAACAACCCAGGAAGGCAACUAUGAGAGGCCCGUGGACUACCUGCCCGAGAGGGAAAUCUAUGAGAGCCUCUGUCGUGGGGAAGGUGUCAAACUGACACCCCGGAGGCAGAAGAGGCUUUUCUGUAGAUAUCACCAUGGCAACAGGACUCCAGAGCUGCUCAUCGCCCCCUUCAAAGAGGAGGAUGAGUGGGACAGCCCACAUAUCGUCAGGUACUAUGAUGUCAUGUCUGACGAGGAAAUCGAGAGGAUCAAGGAGAUCGCAAAACCCAAACUUGCACGAGCCACUGUUCGGGAUCCCAAGACAGGUGUCCUCACUGUUGCCAGCUACCGGGUUUCCAAAAGCUCCUGGCUGGAGGAGAAUGAUGACCCUGUUGUGGCCCAAGUGAAUCGUCGGAUGCAGCACAUCACAGGGCUGACAGUAAAGACUGCAGAAUUGUUGCAGGUUGCUAAUUAUGGAAUGGGAGGACAAUAUGAGCCACACUUUGACUUCUCUAGGAAGGAUGAGCAAGAUGCUUUCAAGCGUUUAGGGACGGGGAAUCGUGUGGCCACGUUCUUAAACUACAUGAGUGAUGUAGAAGCUGGUGGUGCCACUGUUUUCCCUGAUCUGGGAGCUGCAAUUUGGCCUAAGAAGGGCACAGCCGUGUUCUGGUACAACCUCUUGCGGAGUGGGGAAGGUGACUACCGGACGAGGCACGCUGCCUGCCCCGUGCUUGUGGGCUGCAAGUGGGUCUCCAAUAAGUGGUUCCAUGAACGAGGACAGGAAUUCUUGAGGCCUUGUGGACCAACAGAAGUUGACUGACAUCCUUUGCUGCCCUUCUCCUUACUGGCCCACAGCCCAUGUUGUCUUCGAGUUCUAUGUGACAGACACUUUGGUGUUUUCUGCCCCAGUCAGGCAGGUCUUUGGAGGAGAAAAUGUUUGUCUGGAGCAGAGGGAGAGCAGACUGGGGAGGGUCCUGGGUGGUCCUGUUCCCUGCUGACCUGGCCAGCCUCUCUAGUCAGCCUGUGCCAUCUCCGGCCCCCAAGGCAAGAGUCGGAGGGGCUGCAGCGUAGUCACCCUGUCUAGCUCCUAGUGAGAUGCCUUUGUACCUCAGAUGUUUUAAGUGUGGGAUGUUUCAAUGAACCAAAGUUCUGAUACCUUGUUUACAUGUUUAUUUUUACAGCAUUUCUAUGAAUUGUAGCUUUAACCAAAAAUAAAACAUCCCUGCAAAAAGCC